UUGCUAAGACGUCGCCUUUCUCGUGCACUAAUGAAACUACAACUCCCAGAAUCCUUCACUCACACGUAAACAUCAACCCAGAUGAUGCUACAACUGGAGCCUCUGAAGAGCUUCCCGUGAAACAACACAAAGGAGCCGCAGAGACGCCGCUUCGCUCUGGCUCGGUUCGGUUCGGCGGUGCACACCGAUGAAGAGCGCGUGUCAUGAGUGACGCAGACCGGAGAGACGGACGCUGUUCCUGUGCCACGAGUGGUUUCUGCAGCUAACGCGGGCCUGAAGGAGAAGAUGUGGCCUUCAUCUGUCAGUCUGUUCUGCUCUCAGAGAGAUCAAGCGAUGUAGCAGCAGCUGGACUCAACGACACAAUGAACCGGAGGAAGUCUCGGAGUCUCGGAGCUUCUUCUCCGCUCAACGGACUCGGAACACAAGAUGCAGAGUCCAGACGGAAGAGGAAGACGACGGAGAUCUGGCAGGUGCUGAAGACGAGGCCUGUGGACGUGGCCGCUCUGAGACGUAUGGCCAUCAGUGAAGGAGGUCUGCUGAACGACGAGAUCCGCCGGCAGGUGUGGCCCAGACUGCUCAACGUGUCCGAAGACGACAUACCUGAGCAGCUCGAGCCGGUGGAUCGAGACAAUAACAAGGACUUCACCCAGGUGCUUCUGGAUGUUCAGAGAUCCCUGCGGCGCUUCCCUCCAGGGAUGCCAGCCGAGCAGCGCGAAGGCCUUCAGGAGGAGCUGACCGAUAUUAUCCUGCGGGUGCUGGUCAAAAACCCACAGCUGCACUAUUAUCAGGGAUACCAUGACAUCGUGGUGACCUUCCUGCUGGUGCUGGGGGAACGACUCGCCACUGCCCUGGUGGAGAAACUCUCCACUCACCACCUCAGGGACUUUAUGGACCCCACUAUGGACAACACCAAACACAUCCUGAACUACCUGAUGCCCAUCAUCGAGAGAGUCAACCCUGAAGUGUACGACUUCAUGCAGCAAGCCGAGGUGGGCACUAUUUUCGCGCUCAGCUGGCUCAUCACCUGGUUCGGACACGUGCUGUCAGAUUUCCGUCAUGUGGUUCGGUUGUAUGACUUCUUCCUGGCCUGCCAUCCGCUCAUGCCCAUCUACUUCGCUGCUGUGAUCGUGCUGCAUCGAGAGGAGGAGGUGUUGGACUGUGAGUGUGACAUGGCCAUGAUGCACCAUCUCCUGUCCCGCAUCCCACAGGACCUCCCGUACGAGACGCUGAUCAGCCGCGCCGGAGACCUGUUCGUCCAGUUCCCUCCGUCUGAGCUGGCCAGAGAGCGCAAUCAGCUGACGGCCGUCUCCACCUUCAAAGACUUCGAGCUGGCGUCGACACAGCAGCGUCCCGACACAGUGCUCCGGCAGAGACGGAAAGAGAUGCAGCAGCAGCAGAAGCGUGCUCUGGAGGCGCAGCGAGGGACCGUAGCAGUCGUGCAGCCCACGGCGCGCCGCUUCAUGCGUCUGGCGGUCAUGGGGUUGACCGUGGCGCUGGGGGCCGCCGCUCUAGCCGUGGUAAACUCUGCCCUGGAAUGGGCUCCGAAACUAGACUUGCUCUUCCCAUGAAGGAGCCCAACCACAGCGUCUCGGUU